GUGUGUGUGUGCGUGUGUGUGUGGUUUGUGGGGCUACGUGCCAGAAGGAACGUACGCCAUCAUCAACUGCAACUUCUCAUUUUAGAGGCGCAACUUCCACUUGCGUCACGCUACUGAUGGACCUACUUAAAAAACCCAAAUAUUUGAGUAUAAGACAUUUACCUCGACUCAUCCACAACAUCCCAUCCCAUUUGGCCUAGGCUUACAGCAAAACGUUCUGUUACUUGCAUCGCAUUAUAUUGUGUUAGUAUACAAAAAAUAAACAAAAUAAAAUAAUAAAACACGAUACACCCUGCAAUUGCCCUACUCAUGUGUUUAAUUGUAAUUGUAAAAUAUAUUUCAAUUACGUCACCACAUUCCCACGGCAUGUUGCUCCUCCCAUUUUCCUUGACGUCACACGUCGUGCCAACGCGGUCCCCCUGGGUUGCCAUAACGACGACGCUACUACUCACCUACUCUUUGGAUCACAUUUCUCGUUCACGGCGCGGAUACACCAUUUGGACUCGUGCUUUGCUAAAUACAGAUAUAAUGGCUCAGUGUUGUGUGUGAUUGUGGGACGACGCUGGCCGGAGUCUAUGUUAGUGGUGACCAAGCCUGUCCGUUCAUCCCCCAAAAUCCGAUCCUGCUUCGUUUUGAUCCGUGAAGCAACAACCAGUGAAUCCUUGACAAUCAUGUGAACUAGGUGCCGUCCCCUUGCAUAAUGGAAACCGUGAAGGAAGUGGACCAGGAUGGUGCGGAGGAGUCCGAGGAGAACGGUCUAGCAGAGGAGGACGUCUCUUACAUGGUAGGCCUACUACAGGACAUGAGCGACGAGUACUCCAUGAAGGAACAGGAUCCGUGUGAUCUCUACGACUCCUCUGAUUGGGACGAGGCUGUCCAUGGUUGGAACAGAGUCUCUGCACUGAGCUGCAUGUUUCUCCCUGCGAGAAACUGUAGGAGAACCAAGAGCGACGAGCAGGACCCCCACUGUCUCCUGUGUGUCGACAUCAGGCCCCUGGAGGCCCUCACCCCGGACUGGCCCCCCGAGUUUGACCCAGAGUCUGAUGGGAAUCCCCAGGAGAGUGACGCCACAGUGUCAGGUACCCAGAAAGAACUCUACAACACGACAGUGGGGUCUUCCCCACUGAAGGAGGCCCACCUGAACCACCGUGUCCUCGGGGACAAGAUGGCCGACGACGACACAGAAGUCCCCAGAGAGGUCCUCCAGCCAUUGCUGACGGACUACCUGUAUCAAGACUACCUGUGUUCUAAAGACCCGGCGCUGAUGAGCCUCCAACCUGACCUGGGUAACCCCAUCAACAGCUUCACAGUGUUGCCCCCUCUAAGAGCACCCCAGUUGGCUUCCCAAGGAGUUGUCCGGCAGGUCUGCGUCGGGGAGAGCCUCGCGGGAGGCGGAUCCGCCGCAGGAGGGAGCGCGGAGACGGGCAGUGUGGUGGCGCCAACGGCAGCCAGGGAGGGCAGAGGUGUGAAGAGAACAGAGGAAACAGGAGGAGCCGACACGCUGACAAACACGGAGCCGACUAAGGACACCCACAGGCCGAGCGCUCCACCCAAAGGCAUGUAUUGUUGUCACUCUCAGGGAAAAAAACGGCAUUUGCUCUCCACUUACACUCUGCCCAUUCUAAAGAGGUACAGCGUGCCUCUGGGCAAAAUAACUGACACCAUGCACCGGACUACAGUCUCCUUAGGCCAGCAUUGGAGGCAGGCCGUGCGGACUGGCAGUGAGUACAGCCGGCACGAAAGAUCCCCCACUCCACAGCUGCCUGUUCUUUUUGGGACCAAGGUCCCAAUAGUGGUCUCCAGCCAAAGACCGCUUUGAAUACACACUCCCCUCACUAUGCACGUGCAAAUAAAAGUAGCAAAGAGGAUCUAUGAUUCUCUUAUUUGGUAAGUCACGAUAAUGAAUGAUGUGUUAAUAUUUAACUUCAUGACAGUAUCACAGCAGAUUUCAUCUAAUUUGUGUCUUAAAAGUUAUAAAAAUAUGUUAUUAAUAAACUCAUGGCAGGUGUGUCAUAGUGUUACACUAUCCCAGGUUUUUUUUGGUGUUCAAACCCAUGUGGAUAGAUGUGUCUUUAAUAUGGUUCCUAAAUAAUUCCAUCAAAUGCAUGUUCUAGUUGUCCGGCAAUGAUGGCUGCUUCCUCAAAGCCAACAACCUUAAUUUGUGUUAGAGGCUGUGGCUAUAAUGUUAUACACAUGAUGGUCUUAACUUAGUCAAACAUCUUUUUUUUUAUCCAAAUAAACAUCGGAAACCAUAAAACUACAUUGUGAGCAUGUUAUACAGAUAUCUUAUUGCUGUAGCUCAAUUAGAAACAUUUUAAAAGGUAUCAGGUUUGUAACUGAAACUUACUUAAAAAUGUAUCUUAAAACGUAAAUGUGAUGCUGCAAGGCUAUACUUUUUUGAAUGAGUAAUGUAAUGUAAUACACUGUUCCCUUAGUUUAUUGAGAUCAUCAGCAGUACAGCUUGGACAAAGAAACCAACAUUGCAAUCUGGAACUCUAAACAUUUAGGCAAACACCGAAGGCCACCAAUAAAAUGAAAAUAAUCAUUUGUAUUGGAAGAAUAUAUAAAUUCUUCAUGCGAUGAAUUUUAUGGAAAAUAAAACACUGUAUUAACCACUGCGAACUAUGACAAUUCAACAUCUUCAAGCUUUUCUUCUUUGCUUCAUUUACAUCCAUUAACCUUUUAGAAACAGUAUACACAGAACAAUAAAUGAUUUGAAGUAAGGUCAAAAUACUGCACUUAACCUUGGGUUCAAUACAUUACAAAAUAAAGCAAGUUAAGAUUUGGGCAUAAUGCCACAUACAUUCCUUUGUUUCUUUUAGGUGACAUCUCCAAAGACAAAAAGUAUAUCUGGAAAAGAAUAAAAAUAAAAUACUCUGAUUAAGGCACAGAAAUAAAAUUAAGAAAUACUCAAGGCUUGCUGUAUAUCCAACUGUUCCCCUAUAACUCAAAAAAAGGUGUCCGUGCAAAUGAGGUAACUGACUAACACACGAAAGGAACCAACAGGUUGUACAGUAUCUUGCAUCGAAAAAAAUAUACAAAUAAAAAUCAAUGCACGAUGCAUGAGUCCCAUUGGUCAAAGACGGAAUUCAGUAAUUAAAGAUGGAGGAAAUUUAA